AUGCUGGUGGCCUCGGGCCCUUUGGCAGUUCCGAUCCUGGCGCUGGGCGGCGACCGGGAUCCGGUGGUUCCUGUUGCGCACUUGGCGACUUGGCAGACGGAGACCACCAAGUGGAAGGCUCCCAAGGUGUUUUCCGGAGGCCAUUUCUAUCUUGUGGAUCAGGUGCAAGAGGUUAUGGCACUUCUGAGGAGCUCCUUGGAGGAGGCUUUGGAGGCCUUGCCACCUUCGAUUGUCACAGCUUCAGUUACCAUUCCUCCAGAGUGCUACGAGAAGCUCAUCACCGAGGAAGUUGAGAGGUGGGCGACGAAGCAGCCGGAGAAAACCGCCCUUGUCGACCCCAACGAGCGCGUGACCUAUCGCGAGCUGGUGGAUCGCGCAAGAUUGCUGGGCCGGGAGCUGGCGGGGCCUCGGUUCCUGGACGGCCGGUCCGAGGUGGUGGCUCUUUUGAUGCCUCACGGCAGCAACUACGUCAUUGCCAUGCUCGGCAUUUGGUAUGCCUCAGGCAUCAUGAUCGUCAUAGAGGCUCACUUCCCGGAGAGCAUGUGCAAGGAAAUUUGCGAGGAGGCGAAGACGGCAGCGGCCAUCGCGAGCCCUGGGCAUGCACCGAAGUUUGCGCAAGUGGCUGGCUGCAGGACGCUGGAGAUGAACAGCGACUGGGUGGUGCGGCUGAAAAGCGCGCAGGGAGGCACGUCCCAGACUCUGGCAAGGCCGGACAUCAAGGACGUUUCAAUCCUCAUGAUGACAUCUGGCACAACUGGCCGGCCGAAGACCAUCGCAUGCAGCCACUUCGCCAUGCACGUGGGCGCGCGCGCAAAGGAGUUGGAGACGCCGUACCAGAAGGACGACUGCAGAGAGGCCUACAACGUGAUGUUUGUAUGGGAAGUGAUGAGGUCCCCGCUGCUGGGACACACAGCUUACCUGCUGCCAGAUGAGGCGACGCUGGAUCCGCAAAUCUUUGUGAAAUUCUUGGAGACGCAUGAGUGCAGCAGAACCUUGACGACGCCUUCCCUUUUGGCCACCAUCAUGGACUCCUGCCACAAGGACUUGACCGUGCGGCUGCACGCCAUGCGAUCCUGGUUCAUGUGUGGCGAGGUGCUGCCUAUGAAGGUGGUUCACAGCUUCAGACAGAUGCUGCCGCGGUGCAAGCUGGUCAACGACUACUCCACUUGGGAGAGUGGUGACAUUGGCUACGCACAGGUGGCUCCAGCCGGCAGAUACGAGCCCAGCCAGGUCUUCGCGGCGGCGGGGGUGGUGAUCGCUCCCGGGGUGUCCGCCUUUAUCAUCGAUCCAGAGACGAAGAAGACACUGCCACGGGGACUGGUCGGAGAGCUCUAUGUCGGAGGGCCCGUGCUGUCCUACGGCUACCACGGGCAGCCGGAAGCUACGGCUUCCAAGUUCACGGAGGGCGCGAAUCCUGAGAUGGUGGCGAUGUCGCGGGGAAGCUGGAAGUGGUACAAGACAGGCGAUGCGGCGCGCUUCGUUGGGGACCCGCCGGUGCUGGAGAUCCGGGGACGGAUCGACAGCACCGUGAAGAUCCGGGGCUUCAAGGUGGGCAUCCCCGUGGUGGAGGGCGCCAUCGCCUCCAUCCCGGGCGUGGCGUUGUGCGCGGUGGUGCCGGUCUUUGAGACUCCUACGUCAGUGGACAGCCUGCUGUGCUUCUUGAAGCCGCAGGAUGAUGUGAAGUACGAUGACCUGGUUCUCCGCGUGAAGAAAGAGGCUGUGAAGGAGAUUCCUCGCUGGAUGAUGCCCAGCUACUUCAAGCCGCUUCCGCUGGACUGCUUCAUGGGCGGUGAGUCUCGGAAGCUGAACCGCCGGAGGCUGUCGGAGCUGGCGGACCUGAAGGCCCUGAAGGAGGCGCAGCAAGCGUCGCAGCCCAUGGUGCGGCCGCCCUCCCUGAACCUGCUGGAUCGCGAAGAAACCAGCGUGCGGGGCAAUGUGAAGGCAGUUUGGGCAAAGGUGCUCAGCCUGUCCAUUGACAUGGUUGAUCCAGAGGAGAACUUCUUCGACCUGGGGGGCCACUCGGCGCUGGCGGCGAAGAUGGCCACGGAGCUGUCCGGGGAGCACCACUUGCCCGUCUCGGUGCUUGACAUCUACUCCCAUUCCACCUUGCAGGCGCUGUGCGACUUUGUUGAGUCCAAGGUUGGUCUGGAGGGAGGAACAGCCUUGUUGUCGCCAACACGGUCCAUACGACCGGUGGACGCUCUUCGCGAGGCACCAAAGUUGGCCGUGGCGGGCAUAUCUGGGAGGUUCCCAGGCGCUGACUCGGUGGAGCACUUCUGGGACAACAUUGUCAGGGCCACGGUGUCCGCCACGUUCCUCUCAAAGGACUUCCUGCGGGGUAAGGGAGUUCCAGAGACAACCAUCGGGCACAAGGACUUUGUGCCUGCAAUCUACAUGAUCAAUGAUGCUGACAAGUUCGACAAUGUCUUCUUCGGCAUCGGCCGGCACGAGGCCUCGAUGAUGGAUCCACAGCAUCGAGUUUUCAUCCAGGAAGCUUGGGCUGCCAUGGACAACGCCGCGCUGCCGCCGAAGAGCAGCUACCUCUCAGACAAGACUGUCGGGGUCUUCGCCGCCGCGGGCAUUGAUGGUUACCUGGUUCACCACCUUGAUGGCCAAUCCUUGAAGGACACGCUGAACCCGCAAGACAUUUUCUUGACUGAGAUUGGCAAUGAGAAGGACUACAUUGCCACGCGGGUCUCUUACCUCAUGGACUUCUCAGGUCCUUCGAUGAAUGUGAACUCGGCCUGCUCCUCUGCACUGGUGGCAGUUGUGCAAGCCGCCCACGCCAUCGCUGCAGGGCAAUGUGAUGCUGCGAUUGCUGGGGCAUCCUCCAUCACCUUUCCGAACCUCGGGUAUCUCUAUGCUGACGGCUUGGUGAGCUCAGUGGACGGUUAUGUGCGUCCCUUCGACGCGAAAGCGGACGGCACCGUCUUCGGGGACUCCGUGGGGGCGCUGGUCUUAAGGCGCCAGGAGGACAUUCCGGACACGGGCCUUGCCUAUGCAAGCCUGAAGGGUUUCGCUGUCAGCAAUGAUGGCGGCCAGAAGGCGGGCUACGCGGCACCGUCCUCGAAUGGUCAAGCAAAAGCCGUGCAAGCGGCCAUGCGCAUGACGAACGAGGACCCCUGGUCCAUUUCUUACGUGGAGUGCCACUGCACUGGCACCCGCAUCGGCGACGGCAUCGAGAUGCACGGCUUGGUCACCUCCUUCGAAACCUUGGGCGGAAGAAAGGCUGGAAAUGACACGAGCAUUGCGCUGGGCUCGGUGAAGGGGAACAUUGCCCACGCCAACUGUGCGGCCGGAGCCACUGGCCUCAUCAAGGCGCUCAUGAUGAUGAAGGCCAAAAGCAUGGCGCCAACUGCAAACUUCAAGGAGUUGAACCCGAAGAUCAACCUGAAAGACACGCCCUUCUUUGUUAACUCUGAAGUAUGCCCAUGGACGACAAAGACACGCGUUCCAAUGCGUGCAGGUGUAAGCUCCUUCGGCAUCGGCGGAACUAAUGCUCACACCAUCGUGGAGGAGGUGUCGUCUGCCUUCGUCGCCAUCGCCAGCACUGCCAAGAAGCCGUUGGGCUUCCAGCUCUUGCCCUUUUCGGCGAAAACGCCGGGCUCUCUGCGAAAAGCGGCCGACAAGAUCAGUGGCGUGUUGAACGAGGGGGCGACCACUGUGGACGAGUGCGCAUACACUCUGCAGGCCGGGCGGAGCGCCCUGCCGUUACGGAAGACCCUGGUGGUGCCAAAUGGGCGAGAGGUCAAGAAAGCCGCCCAGGCCUUGCAAGAGAACUUCCCGGAAUUGGAGGAGUUGGAGGAGCUGGACGACGCCAAGAAGCGCCCGCCCGUGGCCUUUGUCUUCCCAGGACAAGGCAGCCAGUAUUUGGGCAUGGCGCGUGGCCUCUACGAGCAGGUCCCGCUCUUCCAAAAGAUCGCAGAUCAAUGCUGCGAGAUCUUGGCCUCGCCAAAGCUGCUGGGCAACGACUUGCGGCCGCUGCUCUUUGGGGAUACCUUUACGGAGGAUGAAGCGCAGCAGGAGUUUGAGAAGCCUUCGGUCAUGCAGCCAGCGCUCUUCAUGGUGGAGUAUGCCUUGUCGCAGGCGCUGGUGGCUGUGGAUAUCAAGCCGGUGGCUUGCGCUGGCCAUUCCUUGGGCGAGUACGCGGCGGCAGUGGUGGGGGGCUUCCUGACCUUGGAGUCGGCGCUGCAGAUCGUGGCCACCCGAGCCCGGUCCACCGAAACCUUGGCAGACGAGGGCGCCAUGCUGUCUGUGGCCGAUUGGUCCACUGAGGAGCUGGAGGAGGUCGGCGCAGGUCAACGCCCAGGCCUUUGGCUGGCAGCGGUCAACUCCCCGCAGCACUCCGUGAUCUCCGGGGAGGUGGGUGCCAUUGAAGCUCUGGAGAAGGAGCUGAAAGCAGCUGGGAAGAAGUGCGGGCGCCUGCAUGUGAAGCGGGCCUUCCACUCUGGCCUCAUUGCCAAGGCUGCCGACACCUUGCGAAACUUGGGAGUUGCCGAAGAGCUGCAAGGCAUCCAGUUUCUGCCGGUGGCCUCCAAUAUGACUGGCCAGUGGCUCACCCCUGCGCACAUGAAGGACGGCAAAUAUUGGCAGCAGCACAUGCGAGGCACUGUCCUUUGGCGCGAGAACGCCGAGCGGCUGAUCUCGCAGUGGAGGCCAGCCAUCGUCUUGGAGGUGGGCCCCGGCAAUGUGCUAAGCACCUUGACGUCCAAGUGCGUGCAGCCAGAGGGGCACAAGCCGGAGUUCCUGCAGUGCAUGAGGCACCCCAAGGCGAAGGGAACCCACGACGUCGAGGCAUUCCUCGGCGCCUUGGGCAAGCUCUGGGAGGCCGGAUGCAACAUCAACUGGGACGCGCUCCACAGCAAGGUCCUAGGUGCAGCGCGGCCGCCGAUGCUGGCCCGACUGCCGGCCUACUCCUUUGAGCCGACGAUGCUUUGGGUGAACCCUGAGCGUUCGGUGUAUGUGGAUGCCACACAGGAUCCAGAACCCUCUGCCUACGUCGCCUCCCAGGCUACGGCAUCCUCCUCCACAAGCCGCGUCUUGGUCAGGUAUGGUGAAGAGCGAACCACGGAGCCAUCGCUUCGGGCCUACUGCUUGCCCUUCGCCAGCGGCUCCUCCUUGGUUUUCGCCCCCUGGGCCAAAGAUGAAACCGCGGUGGAGAUCGUGUCUGUUGAACUCCCUGGCCGUGGCUCGCGGUCCGAGGAGGUGAUGCCCUCGGAUGACUCUGGCGAUGGAGCCAUGCUGGAGGCAUUGAUCAACGAGAUUCUGGCCGACCUGCGGGGAUGCCCCUAUGUGCUGGUGGGCUUCUCUAUGGGCGGCGGCUUCGCAAUGGAGCUGGCCCUCCGCAUCUCUGAGAGACAAGCGGCUCCGCUCCCUUUGGGUGUCUAUGUCGCUGGGCGGAAACCGCCGGCACAGAGCCCGGCCAUGGUGCCUGAGAUCCACAUGAGCAACGAGGAGUUGGCCGCGUAUGCCUUCGCGCCGCCGGAAGCGGCGGCUUCCCCAGAGUUCCAGGAGCAUGUGGUGCCGCUUUUGCGAGCCGACCUGGAGGCCGACGCCCGCGCCGAGCGCCGGCUUGCGGCACGCGCCGGGAAGCGUCUGCCGCCCACGGUGGGCGUGGAGCUGUUUUGCGGCACCAGCGACACAGUGGCGCCUUGGACGGAGGCGCCAGGGUGGCAGCGCUACACGGAGUCCAUGGUGGGCCUGCACUACUUUCCCGGAGGCCACGAGUUCAUGCAGGACCAGCGGCCCACAAUCCUAUCAUCGUGGCGCCGUGACGCCAUCGGGCGGCUGGUGCAGCGGCGAACCAUGGAGGCGGCCCUGCUGGCCGCGCAAGGCUUCGGCAUGGCACCAGGCAUUGUGCCUGCGGCGCCCAAAGAAGGUGUUGUCGCCAAGCCCGAGCUUCCGCUCUACGCCGUGCAAUGGGAGCAAGCUCCAGUGGCGAAGCCUGCACAAGGCGCCAUGUCCUUGCUGAUACUUCUGGACGGAAAAGUUGUGCCAGAAGGUGUCGUCCAGCAGGCGGUGGCUGCCGCGCGCGCGGGCGCGCACCUGGUAGUGGCCUGCCUGCCGACGGAGGGCGUCUUCCAGAGCCAUGAGGUGGAGGUUCAGCUGUCUUGGCACUUUGUGCGGUUGGUGCAGCAGCUGCUGGAAUCUGGCGUUUCUGCCAAGCUACUUGUGGUUACGGCAGCAGCCGCCACGGGCGCCAUGGUUGCCGGUGCUUCCAAGGCAGUGGCAAUGGAGGAUGCGGCUCUGAAGAUACAACGCGUUUUUGUCCCACAGAGCUGCCUACAGAAGAUUGCGGACCAUGUUCCGAAGCUCUGCGCCAUCGCAGAGAUGCACGGAGCCGAGACAGAUAUUUGGCUGCGGGAUGCCUCGCUGAAGGGCGUUGCCUAUGUCCAACGGCUGCAGCGCAUGCCCUCCGCAAGCUCGAAGAUGCCCUGUGUCCGGUCACACUGCGCUGACGGGGAGCUGGCGCGGUAUGUGCUCACCGGCGCCACGGGCGGCCUGGGAAAGGCCGUGGUGGCUUGGUUGCUCAAGGAUCAGGCAGGGACUUUGGAAUCUGUGCAUGGAAGCCUGGGCCCCUGGGCGCUAUAUCAUAGCGAGCAAGAGCCACUCAGCCGGCGGUGGCGGUCUUUCGCGAACCUCUCACUGCGCUCGCGCGACAUGCCGCUGUGCGAGCCAGAGAACACCGAGGAGAAAGAGCUCCUGAAUCACAUCAGCGAGAGCUGGGCGGAACAGCGACAAAGAGCGCUGCGGGAUUUGUACGUAGGGCAGCCGCCGCCGCUGGGGCGCGGAGUGCAGGUAGAGCGACCCCCGACGCCCAAGUGGCUGUUCCGGGGACACACCUACAAUGGCAUCACCACCAAGGAGGACCGUGACCAGCGGGUGAUCGAUGCCAUGGCCGCCGAGAGAUCGGGUCUGGACUUGCGGUCCGCGACGCGCUCGGCCACGCGGAGUGUGAAGAGCCUGAAGAGCCUGAAGAGCCUGAAAAGCCGUCCGUCCUCGCAGUCGGAUUUGGAUGAGUUGGAUGGGGAGUUCCGAGAGCAGAAGAAAGAGCCGCCACCCCCGGGCUUUGGCGGGGGCACCAUGCAGCAGUGGUCCAAGCACAUGAAAGCCUUGCCGGGCGGCCGGAACUGGUUGGACCGGUGA